AUGAAAUUCACCGCCGGGAUCAUUGCGGCCCUUGCGAGCUGUACUACGGCAGCUGCGACUACGGGACACGCCUUUACUUUUCCCCACGAUGAGUCCGUCUCAACAACUUCCCUCCACCGCAGCCUAGCCAGGCUCGUGUUCCUCCAGCGCCUGGCCAGCCCCGGCGAGGGCCCAUCGAUCAGAGAUAUCCCCGACGACGUCAGCGCCGACGAUGCCGUUUCUACAUUGAACAAAUUCGCUUCCUCGAGAGAUACUUUGUUUGCGUCCCAGCCGACGACUAAGCGACUGCUUAUCAUGGUUGAUGGCAUGACUGCGCAACAAAUAAAGGAUGCUGGGCAAGCUCUGGGUCAGGAUGCGACUUUUACGAUAAAUGAUCUGCCUUCCUCCGCCGCCAAUCGCGAUUUUUUCGAAAUUGAUACCUACAAUGCGGGCGCGACGAAGCGACACAGCUGCUCACUGAGCGAGAUUGUGCAGAUGAAGGACGGCAAAUGCUGGAGUGAAUCAUCUUCUGCUGCCAGAUUCAACGUCGCAGAGAAGCCAGAGUCGAUGAAGAGUAUCCUCGAAGCUUUGCGUUCCAUCCCCAAGCUUGCCGAAGCCGGAAAGGUCGAAGCCACUGUCGUCCUCCUCCCCGGAACGGGCAACGACGCGAAGCCUUCAUGGUCUGAUAAACCCCAAGAGCUUCGCCGUCGACAAGCUGAGCAAGUCAUAUCUUCCAACCAUAAGGCGGCUCCUGUGAGCCUUGUUCACCCUGUUGCCAGCUCCUCAACAUCACCCACCCCAAAGAAGCCCAUCCCCGCUUGCUUCAGUUCCAGCGAGAGCUGCGUUGAGGGCACAAACAAUUGCACCGGAGGUCAUGGAUCAUGCGUAAACAAAUACGGUGCAGUUCCUGAGAACCCGAAGGAAGGAGAUGUCUGUUUCGUGUGCCAUUGCAAGUCCACCGCCAAUAAAAACAGCGGGCCGACGCACUGGGGUGGACCAACAUGCGCUAAGCAAGAUGUCAGUGUACCGUUCUGGCUCUUUUUCGGGUUCACUGUUAUUAUUGUUGGUGUCGUCUGGAUGGCGAUCAGCUUGCUCUACAGCGUUGGUGAAGAGAAGCUUCCAGGUGUCAUUGGCGCAGGCGUUUCUCGCGCAAAGUAA